AUGCGCAAUAGAAAAUCUCAGGUUCAGUGUGCACGCGAGUCGGUUUCUGAGUUUACACGAAGUAGCUCGUUCUUGCGAAACAUUAAUCAACAGCAUGAAGAGAUUCGCGUUUCUUGUACUUGUCUUUUCCGUUGCCGUAAUUGCUGAAGACAAGGACAGCAUGGAAUAUCAAUACGAACUCAUAAUGAAUUGUAUACACAAAGCGAAUAUGACAAAAGAGGAAGUGGAGUUUGUUCAGAAUUAUCUCAUAAAGAAGCAAGACGACGACAUCGAUUAUAAAACUGAGGAAUUUCUCAAAAAAUACGGUUACUUCGCAGCUUGCCUAGAGGAAGACUUGGAAAUGAUGAAAGACUCGUACUUGGUCCUAGACAAAAUAAUAGAAUACCUAGUAACGAACAACACAAUGGACAAACAUUCUAUUAACAAGGACUUCGUGAAGGAAUGCGUGAACGCACUAAACGAUGACAGCGAAAUGACUCGGGAGGAGAGAGCAACGGGUGCGGUGAGGUGUAUAUUAACCGUCGCUACACACAAGGACCAAGAGAAAUAAAAAGAAGUGCAAUUCACACGCGCGACAUUGUAGGGGAGACUAGGGCAAGUUCGCUAAUUUCUUCGAAUUUCAAUGAUAAAACAGUUUGAUAUAUUUAAUUGUUCCAAUUUGCUAUAUAAUAAUGAUAGAGACAACCUUCCUCUUCAUUUUGACCCUAUCGACGAUGCUAUAAACUGUACAGUUUCGUCUGUAAUAAUAAAAAUAUCAACACGUAGUAAGCAGGCAUACUUGCCCCGGUACUGGGAUAGGUACGCUAGCAACUCGGGGUAGGUCAGCAUUACAUGUAAUUAUACACUUUGAAGAAUGUUAAAUCAAUAAAUUAUACAAUGAGAUACCAUA